AAGCUGCUGUGCAUGGUGGACCUUACAAAGGACUUCUUUUUCAGUUAUUCAUACCAUGUCAUGCUUAGUCUUCAAAAGAACUUAUGUAAUAAUCAAACAAGCCAGGUUCUGUAUGAAACCAUGUUUGUUUGGAAUGAGUUCUUGACACGGGAGAUCCGCAAUCACCUCCAAAAUACUUUGUGGACGGUUGCUCUGGUUUAUGGCUUCUUUAAACAGGCCACACUUUCUGUUUCUGGAAGGGAUUUCAAACUUACCCUUAUUGCGAGACGAUCCCGACAUUAUGCAGGCACCAGGUAUUUGAAACGUGGAGUAAAUGAGGAAGGAAGAGUAGCUAAUGAUGUUGAGACAGAGCAGAUUGUCUUUGAGGAUGUCACCGAUGGCCUUCCCAUGCAAAUAAGUUCCGUUGUCCAGAACCGUGGUUCAAUCCCACUCUUUUGGUCACAGGAAACCUCACGUUUGAAUCUUAAACCAGAUAUUGUUUUGUCAAAGAAGGACCAAAAUUAUGAAGCCACCAGACUUCAUUUUGAAAAUCUUGUCAAGAGAUAUGGAAAACCCAUAAUAAUUUUGAAUUUGAUUAAGGUGAGUUUCUUAUCAGUUAUCACAACCCAGGAAUACUUUAUGGCCUACCUACUCUGGAUCUUCGUUGCUGUGACCCCCACCACCACUACCAUUAUGACUAUGACCAUCAUCAUUGGCACUGGCUUCAUGGUUCAUCCCUUUUAUUUUUUUACUUUCUAUAAACUGCUGAAUGUCAUAGAAGGGUGUUGCAUAUUAUAAAAAAGAAAAUUCUUGUAACACGGGGAGCAUUGUGGUGAACCUAAUUAAAAUCAACUUGAUUGUUAGAUCCUUCCCAAGAUUUUUUUUUCUUUGUUUUUCCUGCUUAAUAUUGCUUUUCUGCAAUAAGCAGACACAGGAGAAGAAGCCUCGAGAAUCAAUUCUUCGUGAAGAGUUUGCUAAUGCAAUUGAAUUUAUCAAUAAAGAUUUGUCAGAGGAAAACCAUCUGAAGUUCCUUCACUGGGAUCUACACAAAAGUUCUCGGAGCAAGGCAACGAAUGCGUUACUGCUUUUGGGCAAAGUAGCUUCAUGUGCAUUAACACUAACAGGUUUCUUUUAUUUCCGGGUGACAUCAGCCUUGAGGCCUGAGGAGAUCUUGACAUGGCCUUCCUCUGAGAAUAUUGAGGAUGGCAAUAUGUCCAUCCAGCUAGAUAGUAACAAUGAUACUGAGGUUUCUGAGAAGUUGCAGAGAAAUUCUAAUGGUGAUAACAAUUUUGUUAAUGGAAAUUAUUCUGUUCAACCACCAAUGUUCCAAAGGGGUGUCCUUAGGACCAAUUGCAUAGACUGCCUUGACCGCACUAAUGUUGCACAAUAUGCCUAUGGGUUGGCAGCUCUUGGACACCAGCUUCAUGCAUUAAGUGUAACAGACACAACAGAGAUAGACCUCGAUUCUCCUUUGGCAGAUGAAUUAAUGGGUUUUUAUGAAAGAAUGGGUGACACACUGGCACACCAGUAUGGUGGCUCUGCAGCACACAAUAAGAUAUUCUCUGAGAGAAGGGGUCAGUGGAGAGCAGCAACCCAGUCCCAGGAGUUCUUUAGAACUCUCCAACGGUAUUACAGCAAUGCUUACAUGGAUGCAGAGAAGCAAGAUGCAAUUAAUUUAUUCCUUGGCUACUUCCAACCUCAAGAGGGUAAACCUGCACUUCGGGAGUUGCGAUCUGACCAUAAUGUUAGCAGUGGGAGGGAUGAGGAUGAAAGGUCAUUUUUCAAAAGAUCCUUUUCUGAUGGAAACAUUCUCUGUGAAAGUGGAUCAUCAAUGUCAGCCACAAAUGACAAGCAGGGGAACUUUUCCAAUACACCCUUGCCUGAUAGAUCACGAAGAGGAACAAAUGGUCUUUCAGAGUCAUCACCGGAGAUAUCAACUUGUGAAAGCGACGUUGCAUAUUCAAGGUAUACGCCCUCAAUACCAAGGAAGCAGCUUUUUGGUGACAUGCAAAGGUGCCUUGAAGGUGAUCAUGUUUACCAUUCAGAACAUGGAGAUACAUUCAAUUGCUCUAACUUUUUUGACCUGGACUGGCUAUCAUCCUCUUGCAAUUCAUGUGAGGAUGAGCACUUUGAGAGGUCAUCAGUGCUCACAAACUCUCCGGGAAUGUCAUCAGAGAAUGUUGUCAAUGGAUUAAUGGGGGAAACAACCCCAUCUACUUGUGAAAAUGGAUCUAGCAUCAAGGGAAAGCAGCCAACAGGAACUGAGCUACCCUUUGGUAAUACGCAGAAGUCCAAUGUUCCUGAAGAAUACUCUGAUAGCUUUGCGCAAUGGGUAAAUUGUGGAGAGACGCUUUGCCACUAGAGAUUCAAGCAAUUCUUCCGAAGCACUAGAGAUUCAUGCAUUUCUUCCGAAGCUAAUUCUGCAUACCAACUGCUUCUUUGGUUCAAACUGCAAUGCUAUUGCAAUCCGUGGACGGAGAACCAUCGAGAAAAGGAAUUAAGGGAGAUGCAGAAACAGUCGAAUCGACAUGAUCCUACAAUAUAUUUUCGGGAGACAACCUCUGUACUACUCACAGAAUCAAGUCCAUCACGAAAGCUUCAACCCAGAAUGGCGGAAUCUAUCGAAACUGAUACCCAAGUACAAAAGAGUAAAUAGUCAACCUUAAAUUCUUUGUUGAGCUCGUUCUCAUCUAAUUCCUAAAUGACACGGACUUGUAGGUUUCAGUGUUGUAAAUAUUCUACAAUGCGCAGCUGCAUUGUAGAGCUCCACUUCUAGAAUUUCAGUUCAUCAUUCUUUAUUUAAUCUUUAUCUGUGAUCGGACAUGAAAACCGACGUGCAGUUCAAGUAUUUUGGGAAAAGAUCAAAUAUGUGACUAAUGUAUCACGUUUUAAGCUGUCAAGCUCUUUAGUAUUUUAAGAUUUUUGGGUCUUGGGUUCAAUGGUGAUCUUCUAUCGGUUUAAUUUUUGUUUAAUAAAUAUAUGAUAGAAAA